CAGCACUCCACUGAAGCACCAGGCGCACGCUAGCACACUCCUUUACAGAGCAACAAAAUACACCGGCACUGUCUCUCGAGAUCCAAUCUUGAUUUUUCCCAGAAAAGACUCAUAUUUUCCGGUAAAAAUCCAGACUUUCCUUCACUUUCAACUCUCUUUUUCCAUGGCAAAUGCCUGGAGAAGAGACCGACCCACGAAGCUACUCGCUCCCAAAACCGUAAUUCUACUCCUCUCAACCUCUCUCCUCCUCCUCAUCUUUCUCUUCCUCUCCUCUCGCACCUCAAACCCUUAUUCUAAGCCUAACUCUAACCUUAAUCUCAAUACCCUAAACCUCCGAACAAUCGAACCCUUCGAUUGCCACAAUUGCCCUCAGGCACACCCGGUCAUCGCCAACGUCGUCGAGGGGCUCAAGUACCCUUUUCUCUACGCUCUCUCGGAUCUCGGAACCCUACCCGAUAAGCCCCACAAGAACAUUGUUCGGAUCCUGAAGGGCAAACCCUUUAGGCGACCCGACAUCUCGGUGACGGUUCAGGAGUUGUUGGAGAAGAUAAAGGGUGAAGGCAAAUCGGGAAUUUUUGUGGACGUCGGUGCCAAUGUCGGUAUGGCAUCGUUCGCCGCCGCCGUGAUGGGGUUUAGGGUUUUGGCGUUCGAGCCCGUGCUUGAGAAUUUGCAGAGGAUUUGUGAUGGGGUUUACUUCAACAGGGUUGGUGAUUUGGUGACCGUGUUUGAGGCUGCCGUAUCUGAUCGGAUUGGGAACAUUACUUUUCACAAGUUGGUUGGCCGGCUUGACAAUAGUGCAGUUUCAGCUACUGGUGCAAAGAUGGCGUUCAAGUCCAAUGAAGAGAUUGCACUUCAAGUGAGAUCCAUACCUCUUGAUGAAGUGAUCCCAGAGUCUGAGCCUGUGCUGCUGCUGAAAAUAGAUGUUCAGGGCUGGGAGUAUCACGUCUUGAAGGGUGCCUCAAAAUUACUUUCGAGGGAGAAAGGUGAGGCCCCAUACCUAAUCUAUGAGGAAGAUGAGCGGUUGUUGAAGGCCAGCAAUAGCAGCGCAAAAGAGAUUCGGGACUUCCUCCAGAGUGUUGGUUACCAUCAUUGCACUCAGCAUGGUACAGAUGCUCACUGCACCAAAAAAGAUUUAUGAGAAUGUUCUUACAGACACUUUAACAAGACAACCGUGAUAGAACCUAUAAGCAUAAUGGCCAGUCUCAUAUUUUCUUGUUGAAGCAAUGAAAGGAAUCUAGCUUACUGAGCGACAGAGUAAAUUUUUUGGUGGCAUGUCAUCAAAUACAGUUGAAGGUGUUAAAAAUUGCCAUUAUCCCUAGAGUUGGUAACUGUGAAGUUAAAGGUGACUAUACUUAGGCUUAUGGGGAUCCAGGUUUGCAAGAAGCAGCUAGACAGACCAUUCAUUUAGUAAUUUGUUUGUCGGGGUGCUUGCUGAAAGCUUGUCUUUUAGGGUUUGUAAGAUGUGCAUUUGUAAUUAUUCUUCCAACCCAAUUGACAUGAUUCAUUAUUCUUCCAAUCCAAUUUGUUGAUCUUGAUGCAUUGGUGCACAUUGGAGUUUACCCUGUUAAAAGGAGUUUUUUCAUGUUUCAAUUACACCAAAGCUGUUAUGUACAUGAUAGCUCCUUAAGACCGUCAUUUGCUUAUGAUUUAUGUUCAUUUGAAUUCUUAAUCAAAGUACUCGUACUGUUGUGUA